GCUGUGUAGAGAGAGAGGGAGGGAGGGCUGUCCUCCAUGUUUUAGUAAGCAUUGACAUUACCCACUGUUUUAAGCCAUGCAUCCACAGAGUUUGGCUGAAGGAGGGAAGGAGUCAGAUGCAAUUGAAAGGAUGGAAAUCGCAACACGAUCCAAGGUCUCUGAUCAAGGGUCAGCAGAGAGGACCGUCCCUAAGCGCAAGGUUUCCAGCCCCCCUCACUCCUCAAACGGACACUCGCCAUCGGAAUCCUCCUCCAGUCCUGUCAAAAAGAAGAAGAAACCAGGAGCCAUCAAUAACAGUAAAGACCAGUCAGAACUAAGACAUGGUCCCUUUUACUAUGUGAAGCAGCCCGCACUCACCACAGACCCUGUUGAUGUUGUACCGCAGGACGGGCGGAAUGACUUCUACUGCUGGGUGUGCCACCGCGAGGGCCAAGUGCUCUGCUGUGAGCUCUGCCCGCGCGUCUACCACGCUAAGUGCCUCAAACUGGCUGCAGAGCCCGAGGGAGACUGGUUCUGCCCUGAAUGUGAGAAAAUAACAGUUGCAGAGUGCAUAGAGACUCAGAGUAAAGCUAUGACGAUGCUCACAUUGGAUCAGCUGUCUUUCCUGCUGAAGUUUGCUCUCCAGAAGAUGAAGCAGCCUGGUACGGAGCCAUUUCAGAAGCCGGUGUCGUUGGAACAGCAUCCUGAUUAUGCAGAAUAUAUAUUUCAUCCCAUGGAUCUCUGUACUUUAGAAAAGAAUAUUAAAAAGAAAAUGUACGGCUCCACUGAGGCUUUCCUGGCUGAUGUGAAGUGGAUUUUGCACAACUGUAUCAUUUAUAAUGGAGGCAACCAUAAACUUACAGCAACGGCUAAAGUUAUUGUAAAGAUCUGUGAACAUGAAAUGAAUGAGAUCGAGGUCUGUCCAGAGUGCUAUCUCUCUGCAUGCCAGAAAAGGGACAACUGGUUUUGUGAACCAUGUAGCAACCCCCACCCUCUGGUCUGGGCCAAGCUGAAGGGAUUCCCAUUUUGGCCUGCCAAAGCUCUUCGAGACAAAGAUGGACAAGUGGAUGCACGGUUCUUUGGGCAGCACGACAGGGCCUGGGUUCCUAUUAACAACUGCUACCUCAUGUCCAAAGAGAUCCCCUUCUCUGUGAAGAAGACCAAGAGCAUCUUCAACAGUGCCAUGCAGGAGAUGGAAGUGUACGUAGAGAACAUCCGGAAAAAAUUGGGAGUCUUCAAUUACGCUCCAUUCCGCACACCCUACACACCAGACAACCAGUUCCAGAUGCUCCUGGACCCGGCAAACCCUGGCGCGGGCUCUGUCAAACCUGAAAAACAUGAGAAGAUCAAGUUCAGCUUUGAUGUAACGGCAUCUCCAAAGUUGCUUGUGGGUAAGAGCAUGGUGUCCAGUGGAAACGUUGGGGGCGGGACAGGAAGGCGAAUCUCAAUGACGGACAUGCCUCGUUCACCAAUGAGCACUAACUCCUCUGCCCAUACGGGAUCUGAUGGAGAACAGGAGACUGCAGAGAAAGGUCAUUCUAGAGCGGCUCUGCCACAUUACAGCACUGGAGAGGAGUCAGUGGACUGCACUGCAUCGCCUGCCCCUCCUAGAGCAGGUCUCACAGGAAACACCUUAGAGAGCCCUAAACCUUUCCAUUCACCGGCUCCCAGCGCCCCUGUUAAACAGGAGAAGACCCCCACUACCGGCAGCAUCCUCAACCUCAACCUCGAUCGUAGUAAGGCAGAGAUGGACCUGAAGGAGCUGAGUGAAAGUGUCCAGCAACAACAGCAGCAUGGGGCUCAGCCCUCCCUCACCUCCCCUAAGAGACGGAUCAGAAGCCGUUUCCAACUUAACCUGGAUAAGACCAUAGAGAGCUGCAAAGCACAGCUGGGUAUAGAUGAAAUAUCUGAGCAUGUGUAUAAAGGCGUAGAGCACAGCGAUACAGAGGAAUCCGACAAGUCUGUCUCCAGCGACAGUGAAUACGGUAGCGACGACGAACAGAAAUCUAAGAGCGGCCAAGAUGACAAAACCGUAGCUGAUGAUAAAAAUGAGAAAGAGCCACCCAAGAAAAAGUCAAAACCAUCGGCGGCUGCUGGUGAGGGCAAAGACAGCAGUGCAGAGUCUGCUGUUACAGCCAGUACAACAACCAAAGGAGAAACCAGCCAAAAAACAAGCACCUCCGAGCCUAUAACUAAAGACAAACCAGGUAUGGAUUCAGAGAAAGAACCUCCUGAGAAACUGAAAGCUGCUCCCGCAUCCCCAGAUCCCAGAGAGAAACCCAAGGGCUCUGAGGAGGCCGUGCAGCCGGCAUCUGUGGAUGAAGACAUGGACUCGGACUCUGAGAGGGAGCUGGUCAUUGACCUGGGAGAAGAGCAGGCAGGGAAGAAGAGGAAGAGGAACAGGAAAGAUUCAGCCGCUGGCACUGCACUCAAAGAGCCCACAGCCUCCAAACCUGAAGCAGUGCAACAGAAAGACUCGACACACACCACAUCCACCUCCGCCGUCACCCUGGUGACCAGCACACCGGUAUCGGCCACCAUGAUGGCAGGACCCACCGUCAGCUCUUCCUCUUCAUCAUCAACAUCCACAACUGGAGACUUCCAGAUCCCCACCACGUCUGCAGAUGUAGCAGCUGAUAUAGCGAAGUACACUAAUAAAAUCAUGGAUGCAGUUAAAGGGACGAUGACUGAGAUAUAUAAUGACCUUUCCAAAGGCACAUCGGGAAACACAAUAGCAGAGAUAAGACGGUUGCGAAUUGAAAUUGAAAAACUGCAGUGGCUACAUCAACAAGAAUUAUCAGAGAUGAAGCACAAUUUAGAGCUAACCAUGGCAGAGAUGAGGCAGAGUCUCGAACAGGAGCGAGAGCGAAUCGUGACGGAGGUCAAGAAGCAGAUGGAGGUGGAGAAACAGCAGGCCAUAGAUGAAACUAAAAAGAAGCAGUGGUGUGCAAACUGCAGAAAGGAGGCCAUUUUCUACUGCUGUUGGAACACCAGCUACUGCGACUAUCCCUGCCAACAAGCACACUGGCCUGAGCACAUGAAGUCAUGCACACAGUCUGCAACAUCAUCACAGCAAGAACAAGAGUCAGAAGGCAGCACAGAUGUUACUCCCAAAGUCCCUGGACAGCCGAACAACUCGCCUAGAGAGACUGCAUGUGCUACACCUGCAGACAAAAACAGUGAAGUGGAUAAAGCCAAGGACAGUGUCACUGUCACUAUGUCCUAGCUCAUAUGUACAAAACAUACACUACAUCAGCACUUAUGUCUGUACAGCUGUACAUAGAUGUUGUCAAAUUCUUCACUACAUUUUUUUUAACUAAUGUUUGUCUUGCCUGACUGUGCUUUUGUGUUUUUUUUAUGUUAUGACUAUGUCUGAAUGUUCCAAAUCUAAGACACACAGACCAUUUCCUGCUGUAUGAUUGAGAGGGUUGUCCACUACUCUGUUGGGUUUGAUUCA